GAGACAAACGAUAGAUCGCCGCGAGGUAGCCCGGGUCGUGCUCGAGUGAAGAAGAAAACGUGAUUUUUUUUCAAAACACAUUUUUCCGCAAACCUUUUCCUCGCGCCUAUCGCAGUUAAAGUACGGUCUGUGGGGUGGAAAAAGGUAGCUGAGAUGUCAGUGCAGACGAUUCUCUUGGAUUUUUCGAUUGAUCCCCAGCGAUUGGGUGACGACGCAUCCCGCAAGGAGGUCCGCAAGAGAAUCGAAGAAGCGCUCGAGUGCUACAUCCCCAAUCUCCGCUUCGUGCAUGACCUGCUGCCGGAAGAUGGGUACUUUUGCACGUACAUGGACAAGGCGGGAACUGUUGUCACUGUGCGCUUCUUCCACGUACAGGGACUCAUUACAGUCAAUGUGGAGUAUUACAAGGAGAAUUCUGAGCAGCCGAGAGUGAGUCUGGAAUCCACACGUGGUAUCGAGAAUACUUUGAUAAAAACACUGAAUUUAAUUCACGGACACUCUUUGCUACCUAUUAAAAGAAGUCCACUCUCAAAGUAUUUUCCCACCUCAGAUGAGCGUUUGAUCGAGUAUGAUAUCGAUAAGAUGGUAUUCGAGAAGAGAUCCCCCUUCCAGAAGGUUCAAAUAGUCCAUUCGAAGGUUUUGGGGAAUAUGUUGGUGUUGGAUGAAUUGCAGAAUUUGGCGGAAGCUGACCUCAUCUACACGGAGACACUGAUGAUGCGCGGUGUGGAGCAAUAUGAGGGCAAGGAGAUUGUUAUUCUGGGGGGUGGCGAUGGUGCCCUGCUAUAUGAGCUCCUCAAGGAGAACCCAAAGUUCGUCACAAUGCUCGAAAUUGAUGAUCUUGUAAUGCAGGCAUGCAAUGAGCACAUGAAAUCUAUCUGUGGGGAUGUUUUGGAGCGAAGAAAUGGACCAAACUAUGAGAUUAUAGUGGGUGACUGUAUGGUUGCACUACAGAAGUACUUCAAAGAUGGUCGCAAGUUUGACUAUGUGUUUGGAGACCUUACGGAUGUGCCCCUAUCUCCGACACCUACCGGAGAACUUUGGGACUUUAUCCGUACAUUCCUUGAGGCUUCCUUUAAAGUUCUUCGCCCUGAUGGGAAGUUUAUGACUCACGCAAAUGGGUCCAACUGCCCAGAGGCGCUGAGAAUGUACGAGAAUGAGUUAAAGAAGCUAGAUCCACCUGUAAAGUUUACCACUAGCAAGGCUUUUGUGCCAUCCUUCAUGGAAGAGUGGAACUUUUAUCAAGUAUCUUUUGCCUGAUGCACGCAGUUUAAUUCAUCACCCGCCAUUUCUUAUCUUCUAGAAAACAGUGUUCCACAUUUUAGUGAUUCCUAGGAGUUUGCUUCACUACUAUAGUAUUUUGUCUUUCGGGUGAACUAUUAUGUGUGUGUUGUUUGUAGAAAUUCUAUGUCUCGAAUUCAAUUCAAAAAUACAAAGAUUGUCUUAGAUUCAUACCAAAA